AUGCUCGCGUCAGUCGCAAUCAACGGCUGGAGCUUCUCGCGCGUGCCCUCGCCGGCCUCGCGCAUCCUCCAUGAGUACCUUGGAGAACUUCGAGAAGGCCGGAAACCAUCGGAUCGGUUUGCGUUUUUACAGCAGCUUCCGACGUGCCUCGUGCCUGGCCCCGUGUGCUAUGCGCCAAGCAUCGACUCGAUCUUGACGGUCACGUCGGAUUUGCACGUCGAGUGCUACCGAUAUCAGAUUCUCGCCACCUCCAAGAAGGCUGCCAAGGACGAGAAACCAGCGACCGGAAGCAAAUCUCUCCACGCCGAGUGGCGCGUCAACGUCGGCGAGCCCGUUCUCGACCUACAGAUCGGUCGUGUUGCUCCAACGACGUCGGCCAAGAGCUUUGACAUCGUCGUGCUCUGCGAGUUUACUCUCUUUUGCCUCCGGCCGACGGGCGACGUCUGCUUCCAGAAACGUCUCGGGUUCCACCCGUCGGCGCUGCGACUGUACCCGGCCAACGACGACGACGACACGCCAGUGACCAACGUCCUUUUGGCGACGCACGCCAAGCAGUGGAUGAUCUACAAAGCCGCCAAUCUCGUUUGGUCGGCCGUGGCCCCGACCGUCUCGACGGCGCUUGGCGUCGGGGAAUUCGGGGGCAUCCCUGGCAUGAUUGUGAGCUUGGACGAGGACGGGCGGUUGUGUGUGAGCUACCUUGGGACCGACCCGCCGACGACGUCGGUCCUGCUCUACGACGGCCAUACCGACGAUCCGCUCGAGAUCCAGUACGCGGAUCCGCUGCCAUUAGCCGACUUUUUCGGCGCCAUCGACGAGCACUUUCAUCUGCGGAAAGCCGUGGCCGAGCUCAAGGCCGACAUCAACGACCGCGCGCACGAGUUUCGCGUGAUCCAGAAGCGCCUACUCGUGCGGUACAAGGACCGCAACCCGGCGCCGCUGAGUGCGCUCGACGUACUCAUGCAUGGAACGUACGCGCAGUUGCUGGAUCUGGCAACGCAGAUGGAGCAAGCGCAGCGCAAGCUUGCAGCGGCCUCGAACCGCCUCUCGUGCAGCGUGAGCUUGCUGCUCAUGCUCAUGCGCUACAAAUUCAACCUGGACGACGCCAACUUUAACGUGCUUGCGGCGCACUUGUCGCCGAUCGUGGCCGACGCCGACGUGGGUUGGGAAGACGUGACCGAGGCUGCGAUCACAGAGCUGCUCAAGUCGGCAAAGGCGCCGGCGAGAGAGAUGACAGCGCCCGAGAUAGCGCUGCAGCAGGACACGAAGAAGCUCAAGAAACACAUUACGAUCGUGUGCGACCGGCUCGGAAAAGGAGCGCUCUUUGUCGGCGAGGCCCGGCCACGGCGACCGCCAUCGGACGACGACAACGGCAAGGACGACAACGGCAAGGACGACAACGGCAAGGACGACGACGACGGCGGCAAGGAGUAG